AUGGCGAAUCAAGCUGGCCAAGAAGACGUGACUACCGUGCGCACUGACUACCGACGUGAAGACGCUUUCAAGGACAUACCAUCGCACGUACCAUUCGCCGCGUUUGACGAAGAAGGCCUGUCUUCUUCAAUUCCGGUUCAACUACGCACAAACCCAACUCUCAACUUGAAGGCGACGGUAUUUCGUGCGGGGACUGAGACAUUCGCCCAGCCUCAGGCAGCGAAAGAGAUCGAAGAGCACCGGGCCGUGGCAGAGAAGGUCCUUGGGCGCGAAGCUGCUGGGGAUUCAGUUCUGGACUUCAUCCAGAAGAAUAGCAAGGUGAUCCCGCUUGAUCCAUGGGCAACACAAACUAUGUACAAGACAGGAUCCAACAACCCGCUCACCAUGGACUAUGUCAUGCUGCUUGCGCCUAAACUGCAACCGACGACGAAGGAUCCCUGCAUAGUCAAUCAUAGCUCUAGACUCGUGAUCCCGCUGAAGAGCCUCAACGGCGUAGUGUUGGUGGGUGAAUGGUGUGUAGGGUCGCUUCCGCCGGAGCCGGAGGAGGGAAAGGUGCUUCAAAUGGCCGAAAAAAUGUGCUGGGGAUUGUCUGUACGAUACACAGCGCCUGUACGAUCAUGA